UUCCCCAAUCACCCCCUCCUCCCCCCAGGAACAAGAAAAAAAAGGAAAAAAACUUCCAUUUCCAACAUUUAUCAUUUGGGCUGUUGAUCAGAUCCACCCAUCGCCACUGACUUGACUCUUUCCUUCAUCAACUAUGGCUGAGAAGGUGACUACAAUGAGACUCGAGGUUGAUCUUCAAUGCUCCUGCUCCUACAAGGUCAAGAAAUUCCUCUGCAAAUUUCCUCAAAUCCAAGACCAGGUAUAUGAUGAGAAGCAAAAUCUGGUGACCAUCACCGUGGUGUGCUGUAGCCCCGAGAAAAUCCGCGACCAAUUAUGUUGCAAGGGUGGUAAAGUCAUUAAGAGUAUUGAGAUCGUGGAGCCACCAAAGCCUAAAGAGCCCGAAAAGCCCAAGCCACCACUUGCAGUGGCGGUCUGCUGUGUCCUAUGUUCGGAAGGGUACGGAGGGGGACGAUGCUGCUGCAGGAACUGGCGGCCUGUGCCCCCGCACGCGUGCGGGUGCGGAUACCGGUAUAGUCAUUGUGAUUAGUUCAGUGAGCAGAUCACUGGCGACUGUACGAUUAUGUGAGAGGAGAGGAGAGGAGAAUUUGAUAUGGGGAAUGAUAUGAUAUGAAAAGCAUCCAAAUUAAUCAUUUAAUUUUGUUUGGUGGGCGGUACAUGCAAAUGCAUUGAAGCAAAAUAAUACUAGCAGUAUUGUGUAGUUAGGGCCUUCAUAGGACCUAUAAUAUGAAAGGAAGAAGAAAAUAAAGUUAAUGUGCAUGCUAUUAUGGAGUAUAUAUAUAUAGAGAGAGAGACGUACAUGUGGGGACUUGUUCAAGUUGGAAGUCACUUAGAAUAAGCUUUUGUAUGUACCCUAAUGAAUAAGUUUUCUUAAGUGUCAAGGUACACUAUUGUAAAGAUGUUUGAGAGCGCUGCUCAGAUAUUGUAUGGUUUUGACAUAUCAAUAAAAAUUUCUAUCGUUUCGAAAAA